AUGUCAAAUGCCAGACUAAUCGAAUCCGGCUUGCGCAACCCUUACAUGAGCUCCAACUUUAACACGAACCCUUACGCUGGCCCCCCUCAUGCUUCACGAAAUCAUGACCUCCCAUCAAUUCGUAGCCAGCCGCGCGACAAUUCAGGUAGUAAAUUGAACAAAAACUUCGACCGUGAUGCUGCUCGCUACCAACCGCUCCCCCGCAUUUCCGAUUCUUUCAGUUUUACUGCACCCCACCCACAAUUCCUGCCGGCUCCCAACGAAUCUUUCGAUUCAGUCAGGUGGUCCCCAACACCCCACCAAUCAAUAUUGACUGGUCCCAACAGCUCAUCUGAAACACCUGCCGCUCCCUACCGACCGUUCUCCCGCGCUUCCCAUUCUUCCAGUUAUAUUGCGUCCCCCCACCCACGAUACCUGCCCGCUCCCAACAUGACAAUUGAUUCAUUCAGGCAGGCCCCGGAACCCUACCAAGCGUCCUUGCCUUCCUUUCCGGGCCCCAACGACUCGCCUGACUCCUUCUCAAACCCGUUGUGCACCCAAAUUCGGUUCCAUGCUUCACCACCACCCUGUGAAUGGUCCAAUCAAAUCAGAAGCACUCCGGCCCCCUCCCAAGCGUUCUCGCCCGCGGCAACAUUAUUCACGGAUUCUACGGAUUCCAUCGGCCGUACUCCGGCACCAGUUCAACAAAUAUCACAUGUCUCAUCGCCCCUUCCUGACCCAACCAAAUUAAUCAGGAUCACUCGUACAUCCGCCCAACGGGACUUGGCCUCGCGCGAAUCAUCACCCGCGGCUGCGCCUCCCGUGAAACGCCCACGUCGGAAACCGGCCGGUCCUUCGAGUUUCAAGUGCGCGAUAACUUUUGCGAUAUACUGCCCUGAGAAGAAACCCAAGAAGAAAGAACCUGUUUGGGUUUGUUUCAGACAGCCAAGAUCCGGAUGCUUGGUGCACUUCAACCCCGCGGAAAUAUCUUGGUCGACCUUCCAAACAAUAGUCAAAGACGCGGCAUCCGUCAAAUAUAAACACAUGGGUCACAAGAUUGAAGAAGGCACCAACUCAACCCCGUGGACUAUCAAUUGGAGCGCCUACAUCCUCCGCGACGACGAGUGGCCCAAAUCCUCCCCAACCGACAUGCACGAAGAGGCGGCGUUCAGCGCUUGGAUGGAGUACAUUGUGGCAUCGGGCCGCAAUCAAGGAGGUAUCCAAAUCAUGAUGGAGAACCCACAAGAAGAGGCCACCCGAGCCCGUAAAGAAGACCUGUUGACAAAGAAUGUCCUGAAGGCGCAAUCUCGGCUAUCUACUACCUCCCAAUCUCAAAGACGUGGGCACAGGCUUGACUCCGAUGUGGAUGAAGAAAAUUCCUCAUCUGACGAAUACGAAGACUUGGAAAUUUAUGCCAAUCAGAUCUAUGAAAAGUAUGCAAUUAUCCAACACUAUGAUCCAUUGCUCCCCUCGUAUCCCCACCCUGCGGACCCGGAGAGAUACAUAAUCCUGAGUAGUGCAAAUGUCGAUGUUUGGGCAAAAGCGUUGGCUAAGCGGACACCUGGCCUUCUCAUUGACAUCUUACGAAUAGAUACGAUGGACGACAAUGUGGAUUGCUCCCCCGGGCCAGUUCUAUGUCCCGAGACUGUGCCUGAAGAGGUCUUGGUGCGACCUCCUCGAGUAGCACCGGUUCACAUUGACUACCGUCUGUUUGUCCAGGUGCGCGGCCCGCCUGUUGCCCUUGGACAAUGGCAGGGCAAUCACCAAUGGAGGAAAAUUACGCCCGACUCCGAUGAAGAUCCCACCUGGAUGAUCGACAUGCAAGUCGUGACUUGGAAAUAUUUCCAAUCCAAAGUCAUCAAGCAAAUUGUGGACGGGAGGGCGUUCUUGGACGAUUACUUUCGAGCGGCUAAUGAGACCAGCAAGCUAUCUUGGUAUGGCAAGAUUGCAAACCACACGAAAUAUGGGUCACAAACGGGCCUGAAGAUUGAAGGUAACCUGGCAUUCCUUGACUUUUCGACCCAAGCAUAUGAUGCGCACCCCAGCCAGGUUGAAAUAUGCGUAAUGAUGGCGGAGCCUCUCCAUGCGUUACACGUCGAGAGGAUUUUGAUCAAGGAAUUGGCACCUGUUCCCCCGGAGGGCACCGUAGCCAAACCAUCAAAGCGCAAGACAAAAUACAGCUUGCCCAGCAUCCCAAGCAAGAGGUCUUUUCAUCGAGACGGAUGCCACGAUGGAAAGACUGCCAAGGAUGACGAGAUCCAAGUCUGGGACCCUCUCACCGGCCUCUAUGGCCCCGUAAAGUUAUUGGCAGACGGCAUCCCAUCAAGCCUUGUUGACAUGGAAUUAUACCUGAAAUUGGAGCAUUUGCCUAAUUCCAAUGAGGUAACCCGCGCGCGAUUAAAACUCAACGGUAUUGAACAUUGGAGCUUCUUUCAAACGUCGACCGAAGGCAAACUCUUGAAGAUGGGCUUUCCCCUGGGGACCAGUCGACUCCUUUGUGAUGGUGUGGCCAAUGUGCACAAACACCUCAUGGACACUCCAGCAGCAACCAGCGAACAUUGGGAAGAUAUCACUAAAGCACCCGCUUCGACCUCAAAGAAGGGUUUGUCUGAAUCUUUGGACCGCCUUGAUGAUAUAGACACUUACCUCCGCCUCGCGCGCCUCCAAAACAAUGAUUUGACACGUGCCCGAUUGACGAUGCACGGAAUAGUACACUGGUCUUUCUUCUGCAAAACCACCGAAACCGAGCUCACCAACCUAGGCUUCCCAUUAGGCACCAGCCGUCAGCUGGUGGAUGCACGUGAGCAUAUGCAGCUCACCAUGGCCAUCCGUGCUUCUCCUAACAAAGUCAGCAAAUAA